CAUUCCAUUUCCAGCACGACAGAAUAAAUAUUAAAAUCCAGUAAUAAUAAUGGUCUCAAAUCAAAUCACCCACUCAAUGUAUGUAACCUCAAAAUUGAUUUUAAGUAUUAACCCACCAAAUUAGUUUCAUCACUCCAACUGCAAACUCCAACUCCAACACCACUUCUUCCAUUUCUGGCAUACACCACACAUCCUCACACUCACACCUUCAUUCCCAACUGGUUUCAACUUCUCAAAUUCAUCCUCCCAACUUCCAAAUCCUCCCCAACACAUAUAAAAAAUGGAUUCCCUAACCACCAUUAAUCAUCAUCCGACAUGUCACACUCUCGCGCCAGCAGUCUCUCCCCGCCAUCUGACGGCGUUGGCGGCGGCGGCCCCACCUAUCGCGGAGUCAGGAAGAGGAAGCGAAGCCAGAAAUGGGUCUCCGAAAUCCGGGAGCCCCGAACGCCCAAUCGGAUUUGGCUCGGCACAUUCCCCACCGCCGAGAUGGCCGCCGUCGCCUACGACGUGGCGGCACUGGCCCUCAAAGGGAAACACGCGGACCUCAACUUCCCCAACUCCGCUGCCUCCUUGCCCGUCCCGGCCUCCACCUCCGCUACCGACAUCCAGGCCACCGCCGCUAGUGCAGCCGCGGCUGCUGGGGCUGCAGUGGACGCUCUCGUCGGCGGCGGAGGAGGAGGGAGUGUGGACAAGGCGGCAGAAGAAGAAGAAGUAGAAGCUGCGGCGGCGGCGAAGACGCCUUCGGCGGGUGAAUUUAUUGAUGAGGAUUUGAUCUUUGAUUUGCCUAAUGUUCUUGCGAGCAUGGCCCAAGGGAUGCUCAUCAGUCCGCCGCGGUUUGGCUUUGUCGACGACGACGACGAUGGUGAUUUUGAAGUGUCUGUGACCGACGAUUACCUCUGGAACUGGAACUGGAACUAUCCCUAAUUAAAAUCGAAAUCAACUUCAACAGCGAUCGUGAUCAUAGAUAAUUAAGUAAUGUUGGAUCAAUGUAUAUAUAUGUAUAUAUUUUUGGAAAAUAAAACAUGCGGUCGCUAUUCCGAAAAGCAAUAAAGAUCGAACACGAGUAAAAAACACAUGAUCAAACGGGAAAUCUCUAAUUCAAAUUAUCAUCA